AUGGCCAUCCCUUUCACCUACCACGCCAAGGCGCAAUCGACCUUCAAGCCCCCGUUGAUCGCAAACGAGAAUGCCUUCCUAGGAGACAUCGAGUCCAGUGACAAGCGAAACCCCGACAAGCCUAUGUCCGCAGGCUUCUACCGGUUGGAAAAGGGCACACCUCUAGUCUACGAAUACACCUAUGACGAGAUGAAGAUCAUCCUGGAGGGUGAAUUCGAGAUUGCCGACGAGACGGGCCAAAAGGUCACGGCGAAGCCGGGUGAUGUGUUCUAUUUCCCUAAGGGGGCUAAAAUCACGUUCACGACACCGUCGUACGGAUUGGCUUUCUAUACUGGGCAAAGGGCUCAGGGCGCCGCGUAA